UUUAUGUAUUUAUUUGAUAGUAUGUAUUAUCAUCAAUUGGUGGCAAGUUCUUUAAGUCUUUGAUGAAGGGAUUUUCUAACACUUCGAUGUUAGUGAAACUUUUAGACGGAUUAUUUAAAUACUGUCACCAAAGCUCUCUUUACAAACGGAUCAUUGUUUGCUGUGGCGAAAAGUCUAGGAUCAUAACCAAAUAACUUGUCUAUUUCUCGUUAUUGUAAUACCCCAAAAUUUACCCUUCAGUUUUUCAAAAAAAAAAAAAAAAAAAAAUUAAAUAAAUAAUUAAAAUAUAACAAAUUAUUUUGGACUUGGGUCUCCCUCAUUCCAAGCCCACAAGUCCACGAAAAUCAGCUAUAAAUAUAAGAGUUUCAGUAGGGUUUCAGACACUUGGAAAUUCCCUGAGAAAUAGACUUGGAGUUCACGUGGAGUUUCAAACCUAGGAACUACUCUGCAGCAACCUUCGGGCAGCCCUGAGAAGUUCAUUCCGCCUCACGCAAACCCUAAACGUUACUUCGCCAAUCCGGCCUUGCCUUCCAAUUUUAACAGGUCUCUCAUCAGGUAUGCCUCUGUUCCUAUUACUCUAUGCCUCGGGUUGAAUACUGAAUAUAUGAGGUAACCUCAGGCUUGGCCCUCAGGGUUAUAUUUGUGUAUGAAUAUGUGAUUUAUGCCUUGACUGUUUAACAGUUUCGUUUAUGAGGUGAAUGCCAUAGGAUCUGGAAUCUUUAACAUCGUGCAGGUACCAAUGGGAAAUCCAAAUCCCGCAGGUGCUCGCUAGCCGCUUCGCUAGGCGAGCACGCAGCGAAGCUUCGCUAGGCUUUCGCUAGGCGAAGCAGUCGCGAAUGUGACAGUAUCUGCUUUAUUCCGUUUUGUUCUAACCUGUUCUUUGUGUUGCCAUGGCCUUGUUAUCUUUUGAUUUCAAUCCUGUUUGCCUAACCCCUUUUGUUGAGUUUUUGUGAGGGCUCACAUAUUCUCGCAGGGAUACCCUCCGGAGGUUUAUUCCGAUUUCCCGUACUGAUUGGUUUUCUUUGAUGGCAUCAGCUUGGGAGAAUCUCAGGGUUGCUUAUCCUUUAAUUGCUGUAACUUCGGAUCUUGAUCCGUGUGCAGGAUAGCUGACUCAGGCAUUCACCGAUACGGUACCCGGAGGAAUCAACAGAGAGCAAUGGAAGGUGUACAAGCAGAGCUCGCUGAGAUGAGGGCCCGCAUGACCCAAUUCAUGGAUGUGGUUGAAGGGGUGGCUCAGGGACAACAAGAGCUCAGGCAGAUAAUACAGGGGAAUCCCCCUGCUCAACCAGAGACAGUGACUGAUCCUCCGGCUGGAGAGGUUAACGGACCCAGUGGACCAGGGCCUAUCCCGAUCCCGCACGCCAACCCCGGUCAACAGCCCGUUCAUGAUGAUCAGGACGAUCAGUUUCCCCCACUUCAGGAAGACUUUGGCAUGGGUCAUGGCGUAGACCCCAUGUUCAGGAGAUUGGAAGAGAGGUUGAAGGCAGUGGAAGGACAGAAUCCUUUGGGAGUAGACGUUGCUGACUUAGGGCUGGUCCCAGGUGUGAGAGUGCCACCGAAAUUCAAAGUCCCGGUCUUUGACAAGUACAAGGGCAACUCUUGCCCCAAGACUCACGUGCAAGCCUAUUUCCGUAAAAUGGUUGCAUACUCUGAUGACGAGAAACUACUUAUGUACUUCUUCCAGGACAGCCUAGCUGGGGCAUCCUUGGAAUGGUAUAUGAGACUGGACAGAGCCCACAUCCGUUGCUGGAGGGAUUUGGCGGAGGCCUUCGUGAAGCAGUAUCAGUAUAAUGCAGACAUGGCUCCGGACAGAACUCAACUUCAGAAUCUGUCUCUUAAAAGCAAUGAGUGCUUCAGGGAAUACGCUCAACGCUGGAGGGAGACAGCUUCCCGUGUUCAGCCCCCUAUGCUGGAGAAAGAAAUGGCCAACAUGUUCAUGAAUACGUUGCCUGGACCUUAUCUGGAGCGCCUGGUGGGGUGCAAUGCUUCCAACUUUGCUGAUGUGGUCUCUACCGGAGAGAGGGUGGAGAAUUACCUGAAGACCUGCAAGAUCCAAAGUGGAGGAGGAUCUUCGUCAGGGGUAAAAAAGUCGUUCGUUGGAGGACAUAAGCAAAGAGAGGGGGGAGUGAAUUCUUUGGCUUCCUAUCAGAACAGAGGUGCUAGAAGGAAUAAUUUUCAGAAUUAUCAUCAACAACCGUAUGUUGCGACGGUGACCAUUCCAGCUGCAGCGCCACUACAACAACAACCACCGCAGCGUCAACCAGCUCAGUAUCAACAGCAGCAACAACCGGGUAACAGACCCGCUUAUCAACAGAGACAAAGGAUGAUGGACCGGCGUUUCGACACUAUUCCAAUGUCGUACGCCCAGUUACUUUCUAGUCUUCAACAACUACAGCUUGUGCAACUGCGCACUCUGGCUCCUCCUGUUGGUAGACUUCCGGUGGGUUACGACGCCAACGCUAGGUGUAGCUUCCACUCUGGGGCACCUGGCCACAAUAUUGAGAACUGCAAAGCUUUUAAGCACGUAGUUCAGGACCUCAUAGAUUCAAAGGCCAUCGACCUUGCACCGGCUCCGAAUGUCGUUAACAAUCCCAUGCCCCAGCAUGGUGGUGCGAAUGUUAACAUGGUAGAGGGAAGAGCCAAGUUCAUUAAGGAUGUGUUGAAGUUGAAGACUCCGGUGUCGGAUAUCAAAGGAUGCUUGCUGAAGGCCGAUGUUUUCCCCGGUUGUGGGAAAGUUUGUUUGGAUUGUGCUGCACAGGAGAAGGGUUGUUUGAAACUACAGCAAGGUAUCCAGGCCUUGCUCGACAAGGGUAUCCUCCAGGUUGAAGAUUUGUCUGUCCGAGAGUUUAUGGAAGGGGUUGAGGAAGAAGGGUUUGAAGGUGCUACUGAAGAGUUCCUAGAUGUUGUUCCUGCUGAUUCUGCAGUCCAUGAUGAUGUAUUUACUCUUUCCAAUACGGUUGACUCUUUUGUAUUUGAACUUGAUUCCGAUGUUUCGGAUGUUCAUGCUCCAACAAAUGAGGUUUCUGAGUACGACUGUGACAUUGCAACUAUAACUAUUUUCUAUCCAACUAAUCAGAUCAGUGUGCCAGAAGCGCAACCCGCGCCACCAAUGCGACGACCUACUAUGACCAUCACAACCCCUGGUCCUUUACCCUUCACCAGUGAAAGGGCCAUUCCAUGGCAUUAUGGGGGGAGCGUGUAUACGCACGAUCAUAAGGUGGAACGGCCACUAAAAGUAGAAGAGGGUCAGAAGCCUGAACUUGAAGGUCCCGCAGUGGAUAAUGUUGGUGGAAUCUGGCGAUUCACCAGGAGUGGUAGAUUGCUCUCACCACCGGUUACCCAAGCUGAUAAUGCUGAUGCUGUGGCGAAAACCAAAGGCAAGCAAGUCGUGAAUGAGGGUACCUCUGCACCCCAAGAUGGUUCUGAGCCCACUUUUGCAAAGGACGUGGACGAGUUUCUAAGAAUCAUAAAGAAAAGCGAUUACAAGGUAGUCGAUCAGUUGAUUCAGACUCCGUCCAAGAUAUCCAUUCUCUCACUCCUAUUGUGUUCGGAGGCACACAGGGAGGCACUUCUGAAGGUUCUUAAUGCUGCAUAUGUACCUCAGGAGAUCUCAGUGAACCAACUAGAAGGGAUCGUUGCCAAUGUCCAUACAAGCAACGGGUUGGGUUUUACUGAUUCUGACUUAACACCAGCUGGACGCAAUCAUAACAAGGCUCUGCACAUCUCAUUGGAAUGCAGAGACACCAUGUUAUCUCAUGUUCUGGUGGAUACAGGUUCCUCUCUCAAUGUGCUACCCAAGAGGGCCCUGUCGAGGUUAGAAGUAGAGGGUUUGGUCUUGAAACCUUCAGAUCUUAUGGUGAGAGCCUUCGAUGGUUCUAAGAGAUCGGUGUUUGGAGAGGUGGAAUUGCCAAUUCUGAUUGGAUCACAAACCUUCAACACUGUCUUCUACGUGAUGGAUAUCAGUCCUUCCUACAGUUGCCUGCUGGGUCGGCCUUGGAUCCAUAAUGCUGGGGCAGUCUCUUCAACUCUACAUCAGAAGGUUAAGUUUCCGGUCAACGGACGAAUUAUCACCGUCUGUGGUGAGGAGGACAUCCUGGUCAGUAACCUGUCUACAUUCAAGUAUGUAGAAGUAGGAGGUGAAAUUCAUGAGACUCUAUGUCAGGCUUUUGAGUCAGUUCAAAUCAAGGAUGCAGCUCCGGUGGAAGAGGUUAAAGCGGGUGCCUCUAUCUCAUCCUUUAAGCAGGCACGGGCCGUGGUGGAUUCAGGUGUUGCUUCUGGUUGGGGGCGUCUGUUGGAAUUACCAGUGAAAGAGGAUAAGUUCGGGAUUGGGUACCAGCCAACUCUGACUUCUACAACUUCAGCACUUCAGACUCUUCAGGGGCCGAUCACUUUCUCUAGUGCUGGCAUCAUUCAGUAUGGUCAAGUCUCUGCAGUCAACGAAGAAGAUGGGGAUAGUGACUGCGACAUCAACAACUGGGUGCGUCCGAGGAUCCCGGGUGAAGUCAUCAACAAUUGGUCUUCUGAAGAGAUUGUUCAAGUCACUCUUCUCGAAGAAUGCACAUCACCGGAUCCUAUUGAUAACGGUUCUGCUAUGGCUCGCUUCGACUUUGAAAAUCCAAUCUUUCAAGCUGAAGAAGAGGAUGAUGAAGAUUGUGAACUCCCUGAAGAACUUGCCAGGUUGUUGAAACAAGAGGAAAGGGUUAUUCAACCGCAUCAAGAGUUUGUUGAAGUGAUUAAUCUCGGCACCGAAGACGCCAAGAGAGAAAUCAAGAUAGGGGCUGCUUUAGAAGACAAUGUGAAGAAAGGGCUGAUUAAAUUGCUGCAAGAAUACAUUGACAUCUUCGCCUGGUCUUAUCAGGACAUGCCUGGGCUGGACACAGACAUCGUGGUACACCGCUUGCCUCUCAAAGAAGGUUGUCCUCCGGUCAAGCAGAAGCUCAGAAGAACAAGACCAGAGAUGGCUGUCAAGAUAAAGGAAGAAGUGCAAAAGCAGUUGGAUGCAGGGUUUCUAGCAGUCACCAAUUAUCCGCCAUGGGUUGCAAACAUCGUCCCAGUACCUAAGAAGGAUGGAAAGGUACGGAUGUGUGUCGACUAUCGGGAUCUGAACAGAGCUAGCCCUAAAGAUGAUUUCCCAUUACCUCACAUCGACGUUUUGGUGGAUAAUACAGCUCAGUUCUCGGUAUUCUCCUUCAUGGACGGCUUUUCUGGCUAUAACCAAAUCAAGAUGGCACCAGAAGACAUGGAAAAGACAACUUUCAUAACCCCGUGGGGCACCUUCUGCUACAAGGUGAUGCCGUUUGGUCUGAAAAAUGCCGGAGCAACAUAUCAACGAGCUAUGGUAACUCUGUUCCAUGAUAUGAUUCAUCAUGAAAUCGAGGUUUAUGUGGAUGAUAUGAUUGCCAAAUCUCAGACAGAAGAAGAACAUUUGGUGAAUUUGCAGAAAUUAUUUGAGCGUUUGAGGAAAUUCAAGCUGAGGCUUAAUCCGAACAAGUGCACUUUCGGGGUGAGAUCGGGAAAAUUGCUGGGUUUUAUUGUUAGCGGAAAAGGGAUUGAGGUGGAUCCCGACAAAGUAAAAGCAAUACAGGAAAUGCCUGAGCCAAGAACAGAGAAGCAAGUCCGUAGUUUCUUAGGGAGGUUGAACUACAUUGCAAGGUUCAUCUCUCACCUAACAACCACGUGUGAGCCAAUUUUCAAAUUGCUGAGGAAAGAUCAGGCUAUCAGGUGGAAUGAAGAUUGUCAAAGGGCUUUCGAGAAGAUAAAAGAGUAUCUACAGAAACCUCCGAUCCUUAUACCUCCAGUUCCUGGGAGACCUCUGAUAAUGUACCUAUCAGUGACUGAGAACUCGAUGGGGUGUGUAUUGGGACAGCAUGACGAGUCUGGUCGAAAAGAGCAUGCCAUAUACUACCUUAGCAAAAAGUUUACCGACUGUGAAAUCAAAUAUUCGCAGCUUGAGAAAACUUGCUGUGCUUUGGCCUGGGUUGCUCGCCGACUGAGGCAGUAUAUGUUGAACCAUACUACCUUGUUGAUUUCUAAGAUGGAUCCAGUGAAAUACAUAUUCGAGAAGCCAGCUCUCACCGGAAGGGUCGCUCGUUGGCAAAUGAUUUUAACAGAGUAUGAUAUUCAGUACACGUCACAGAAGGCCAUCAAAGGGAGUAUUCUGUCAGACUACCUUGCCGAGCAACCGAUUGAUGAUUAUGAGCCAAUGAAGUUUGAAUUCCCUGAUGAAGACAUCAUGUUCCUCAAGAUGAAAGACUGUGAAGAGCCAGUUGUUGAGGAGGGACCUGAUCCAAACGAAAAGUGGACUUUGUUGUUUGAUGGGGCUGUCAAUACUAGAGGAAAUGGAAUUGGUGCUGUCAUUACAACUCCGAAAGGUGCCCACAUACCUUUCACCGCUCGUUUGACUUUUGAGUGCACAAAUAAUGAAGCUGAGUACGAGGCCUGUAUCUUGGGCAUUGAGCAAGCCAUUGAUCUGAGAAUCAAGACUCUGGACAUCUUCGGAGAUUCAGCUCUGGUGAUUAAUCAAGUGAAUGGUGAUUGGAAUACUCUCCAGCCCACUCUGGUCCCCUACAGAGAUUACACGAGAAGACUGUUGACUUUCUUCACAACGGUAAAAUUGUAUCAUAUACCUCGUGAUGAGAACCAGAUGGCAGACGCACUUGCUACUCUAUCCUCCAUGAUCAAGGUAAUUCGUUGGAACCAUGCUCCCAGGAUCGAUGUGAUGCGCCUUGACAGGGCCGCGUAUGUGUUUGCUGCUGAACUGGUAGUCGAUGACAAGCCCUGGUAUCACGAUAUCAAGUGCUUUCUGAAGAAUCAAGAGUACCCUGCAGGGGCAUCCAACAAUGACAGAAAGACUUUGAGAAGAUUGGCAGGCAGUUUCUUCUUGAACAAAGACGAUGUGUUGUAUAAGAGGAACUUCGACAUGGUUUUGCUCAGAUGUGUGGACAGACACGAGGCGGACAUGUUAAUGCAGGAAGUUCAUGAAGGUUCCUUCGGUACUCAUGCCGGUGGACAUGCGAUGGCUAAGAAAUUGUUGAGAGCGGGUUAUUAUUGGAUGACCAUGGAAUCAGAUUGUUUCAAGUAUGCUCGGAAGUGUCAUAAAUGCCAGAUUUAUGCUGAUAAGGUGCAUGUACCGCCGAAUCCUCUGAAUGUGAUGUCUUCGCCGUGGCCGUUUGCCAUGUGGGGUAUUGACAUGAUUGGAAAGAUUGAGCCGACUGCUUCCAAUGGGCAUCGCUUCAUCCUUGUUGCCAUCGACUAUUUCACCAAAUGGGUCGAGGCAGCGUCGUUCGCGAAUGUCACCAGACAUGUGGUUGCCCGUUUCAUCAAGAAAGAAAUUAUUUGUCGCUAUGGGAUUCCCGAAAGAAUCAUUACUGAUAAUGGUUCUAAUCUCAACAACAAAAUGAUGAAGGAGUUGUGUCAGAACUUCAACAUUCAGCAUCACAAUUCUUCCCCUUACCGCCCUAAGAUGAAUGGCGCUGUUGAGGCGGCAAAUAAGAACAUAAAGAAGAUUGUGCAGAAGAUGGUCGUCACGUACAGAGAUUGGCAUGAGAUGCUACCUUUCGCCUUGCAUGGGUACCGUACUUCAGUACGUACAUCGACCGGGGCAACCCCCUACUCCCUUGUGUAUGGUAUGGAAGCAGUCCUACCUGUUGAAGUGGAGAUUCCUUCCCUAAGAGUCUUGUUGGAUGUCAAGCUAGACGAAGCUGAAUGGAUUCGGACAAGGUUCAAUGAGUUGAGUCUUAUCGAAGAGAAGCGAAUGGCAGCCAUUUGUCAUGGGCAGUUGUAUCAGAGUCGGAUGAAGAGAGCUUUUGAUCAGAAGGUGCGUCCUCGUUGUUUCCAAGUCGGAGAUUUAGUGUUGAAAAGGAUCCUUCCUCCUCAGACAGAUCACAGGGGCAAGUGGACUCCUAACUAUGAUGGACCGUAUAUUGUCACCAAGGUUUUUGAUGGUGGGGCCCUAAUGCUUGCAACUAUGGAGGGCGAAGACUUCGCUUCCCCUGUGAACUCAGACGCAGUUAAAAAAUACUUCGCAUAAAAUAGACCCGCUGGACAGUAAAAAGAAUAGUCCAGGCAAAAAUGGGCAUCCCGGCGAACCAAGAAAAUGGAAAGGUUCGGGCAAAAAUUAGGGAUCAAAAAAUAAAAAAAGAUUGUACACCCGGUAAGUUGAAAACCUGAAAAGGCAACUUAGGCAAAAAUGGGUAUCCCGGUGGAUCGAAAACCCGAAAAGGGCGAUCCAGGCAAAAGUUAGGGAUUAAGCGAAUGACUGCGUUCUGAGUAGCUCUGAAUCUCAUCUCGUGCCAAUGACUGGAAAUUUUUGAAGGAUAGGAAACAAUCCAAUCACUCUUUCAGAAAGCUGAUCAUCUGGAGGAUCUUGAAGACGGGCAAGUCAUAGCCGAAUUGGAACCCAAUAGAAAUCCACUUCACAUUGCCAUUAGAUUAAUUUUUGUUUUAUCUAUUGUGCGAUUACCUCUUUCCAGGGAUUGCCUCUUAAUGUAAAUGCCUAUUCAGAGGCCAUUCAAUCAAUAAAAUCAUGUUAUUCAGUA